AUUGUUAAUAAGUUAUUAACAAAAAAUAUUGGCUAAUAGAUAGAUUGUAGUAAAUAGACUAGCCACGAUGAGAGUGUUGAUUAUAUGCAUCAGUCUAAAUACGAACAAGUUGAAAUAGCACGAAUAAAAAAAACGGAGCAGCAAAUGGAUUGUGCAUUAGAUUUAAUGAGAAGAUUACCACCCCAGCAAAUUGAAAAGAAUUUAAGUGAUUUAAUAGAUCUAGUGCCAUCUCUUUGUGAAGAUCUUUUAUCUUCUGUUGAUCAACCUUUAAAAAUUGCAAAAGAUAAAGAAUCUGGAAAAGAUUAUUUACUUUGUGACUAUAAUAGAGAUGGAGAUUCUUAUAGAUCUCCUUGGAGUAAUACAUAUGAUCCUCCUUUAGAAGAUGGCUCAAUGCCUUCUGAAAGACUUAGAAAAUUAGAGAUAGAUGCAAAUCACGCAUUUGAUCAAUAUAGAGAGCUCUAUUUUGAAGGUGGAGUUUCUUCUGUUUAUCUCUGGGAUUUAGAUCAUGGUUUUGCAGCAGUAAUAUUGAUUAAAAAAGCAGGCGAUGGUUCAAAGAAAAUUAAAGGUUGUUGGGAUUCAAUUCAUGUAGUGGAAGUUCAAGAAAAAUCUAGUGGAAGAAUUGCACAUUACAAAUUAACUUCUACUGCAAUGCUUUGGUUACAAACUAAUAAACAUGGAUCUGGAACAAUGAAUCUUGGUGGAAGUCUUACUAGACAGGUUGAACAAGAUGCUCAAAUAAGUGAAAAUUCUCCGCAUAUUGCUAAUAUUGGUCGUAUGGUUGAAGAUAUGGAAAAUAAAAUCCGAAAUACGCUAAACGAAAUCUAUUUCGGGAAAACAAAAGAUAUUGUAAAUGGUUUAAGAUCUGUUCAAUCAUUAGCUGAUCAAAGACAACAAGCUGCUCUCAGGCAGGAUCUCGCGGCAGCUUUGCAAAGGAGAAAUGCAAAUAAUUGAUCUUAUGAAGAAGAUCAGCUUUCUUUCAAUUGUGAAGAGUGUUAAUAAAAAAAAGAAAAAACAAAGAAAUCAUAAUAAUGAAAUUAAAAUUCGAAUUGUUGCAAUUAUUAUGACAUAAAGGACAAUUUCCUGUGAUAUGCAGGGUGCAACGGUAAAGAUGAAUUUUUCCUGAAGUAUUAAUUAAA